AUGGAACGGAUCCCCCUCGACCAAGCUUUCGAGUUCUUCUGCGACGGAGCAUCAAGUUCCGGACCGUAUUGGGACCAUGUUUUGGGGUAUUGGAAAGCAAGUUUGGAUCAACCAGACAGAAUCUUGUUCUUGAAAUACGAAGACAUGAAGGAAAACACAGCUUUUUACACCAGGAAACUGGCCGAAUUCAUUGGAUAUGGAUUCACGUUGGAAGAAGAAGGAAAGGGGGUGGUGGGAAAGAUUGUAAGAAUGUGCAGUUUCGAUUAUCUACGCAACCUCGAAGUGAAUAAAAGUGGAAAAGUUGGGGAGAACACACCAUGGGAAAUGGAAAAUAAAGUAUUUUAUCGUAAAUCGACUGUGAAGGAUUGGGAAAAUUAUUUGACACCCGAGAUGGCUGCUCAUAUGGAUUUCAUAACCCAGCAGAAGCUGAGUGACUCGGCGUCUUCAGUUGUCGAGGUUUUGAUCAUUAGGGCUCUUAAAUGGCAUGGACAGAGAGGCAAUUUGCUUCUCAUGUUCAUAUUUCGAGGCUCAAUUUGCUUCCCUCUCAUGGCGUCCGGCAUAGGUUCCAAGAGAGAUCAAAGCUCUGAUGGUGAUGAAGAAGACGGCAUUUUCUCUACCCUUCCCGGACGAGAGAAGGUUUGA